GGCCAUUUCGUUUGCGGCAUUAACCGACGUCCCGAAUCGCUUCGCCGCCCCUCGUCAUCUGCACGGACCGCAGUAUGGAGGACGAAUGGGAGGAGGAGGAGCAGCUGGUGGUGGCGGAGCUCUCCGGCGUAAUAAACAACGAGUUUCUGUCCAGCUGCCGGGGCACGUGCAAAAUACUGGAAAUUGACAGUGAAAAGCCGAUGAUGCAAGUUGGACCGUACGUAUUUGUGGGGGAGUAUGAAGACGCUCUGGGCACUUGUGUGCUUUUUGAGGAAAGUCCACCAAGUGGAGAAACAGCUUGUCCCGACCUCAAGUACAAGUGUCAUACUGUGAAAAAACUAAUGAUGCAGCGCACCUUUCUCACUGAUAAGAAAGAAGAGGAAACAAACACAGGUGGCAGUGGUACUGCUGGACAAAAAGACACAUCUCACUCCAGUCCAGACCCAAACGAUGUCAACCGUCAGGGAGAGACAAGAGAACAGACAACCAGUGAAGAUCAACAAGGAGAUGCGGAAGAAAUGACAGUGGGCUGAGAAAUGAAGGCUAUGCAAACAUGCCUUGUGAGGAACAUUAUUAGUCUCUGGAGGACUUAGAGGCAGCUAAGAAGAAGUGUUAUAUGGGCAGGGGCCCUGUUCAGAAAAAUUCCUUGCCUCCAUUCUACCUGAUUCGUAAGGUUAAAUAUCUUCUUCUUUCAGCUUGUUCCCUGUCUUUCAGGGGUUGCCACAGUUGAUUUUAUUGUUUACAUCGGUACCCUGUGAGGGUACAGCACCAAUGGUGACCGUUGUUAACCUGAGCCUCGCCCAAUUCGGUAUGGCCUUGUCAAGCUGCAUACUUAUUUGGCAAAAUUUUAGGUCAGAUGCCCUUCCUGACACAAUCAAUAGCCCUGUUGAUGGGGGUACAGGUAAAGCACUGGAUCCAUCCCAGUCUUCAUGGACUUGCGCCCAUGCCUGUCGCCAAUCUGAAGGUUAAAUAUGAAUGCCACAUAUUCAAUAGACAAAGCAACACCUACACCUGGAUGGAAGGCAUGAAUUUACACUAACACUUAAUCCCAAUUCUUUCAGAGCCACAUGAUAUGGAUCUGGGUAGGUGAGGAAGUAGCUAUGACAUUGUGCCAGCCUUAUACCAACCCCAUUUCUUUGGGGUCUUUACUUAAAAAAUGUCUAAUUUUAUCCGCGGUUUACAACUUUUCCUCAACCAAUACUCCUUGUGAAAAGGGAUUAAGAGUAGUACGGUGGAUGAAUGAUGCAAAGUCAGUAGAAAAGUGAAGGUAUUUCAUGAAUCCAUCCAUUAUCCGAACCGCUUAUCCUGCUGUCAGGGUCGUGGGGAUGCGGGAGCCUAUCCUAGCAGUCAUUGGGUGGCAGGCAGGGAGACGCCCUGGACAGGCCACAAAGCCAUCACAGGGCCCAGUCAGAUUCCCAUUUGCGGAAUUGGAUUUUAGUGUAAUGCGCAUGCGCAUUCACUGUGGCUCGUUAAUACAAUUCUUUCCAGGUGUGAAUCUCGUGUUGGUCUUUUUCUGCAAAAUAUCCUCGAUUGUGAGUGCAUUUGUGAUAAAAAU